AAUCAACCCAUUGCGAACAACAUGGAUACUUCUCUAGAUUCGUCCAUCCACUUCUGACCUGUCCAAUUCUUCAUCCACCACCCCCAGUCGAUCCUACAAUGGCAUUCCCCACCCCGAUCGCCCGCCAUGCCGAACUCAAUCUAUCUCCCCACAGAAAUCGUCGUGCUCAUCGUGUCCUUGGCCGCCGGAUCCUCCGGUGAAACACAGCGUCAAAGCACUCUCUAUGCAUGCUGCUUGGUCUCCCAGCAGUGGUACUCGGCAGCGGUGUCGUUUCUCUACAGGAAGCCCCGACUGAAAACCGGCCGGUCGUUCGCGAAGUUCACCCGGACGGUCGCGCCGCCCCUCGGGGAGCGAAAGAGCAAGUUGAACCUGGGAGAAUUCGUCCACCGGUUGGACCUGGGCAGCCUCGUGCACGAGAGCAGCAAGAGUCUGACAGCGCGGCUCCUGGGCCGCAUCAAGACCAACCUGGAGUCCUUCGUGGCCCCCAGUCUCUCCUUCUCAUCCAACAGUCUCCCCGCACUAUCAAAAUGUACCAACCUGCACUACCUCGACCUCUCCCUCGUCGGCGACCCCAUCCCCUUCACCAACCUCAAAAAAGCCCUCAACAACCUCCCCAAACUCACCACAGUCCGCCUCCCCCGCUCAACAAACCUCACCGACCUCUCCCCAACCUCCCAAUCAAUCCCCUGGCCCCCGCGCCUCCAUCGCCUCCAGCUCAGCGGCCGUUUCUCCCCCUUCACAAUCCCCACCUUCGCCUGGCCCCCUUCCCUCACCAGCCUGACCCUCAAAAACUGCCAAGACCUCUCAGUCAACCACAUCGGCAGCCUAAUGAGCAGUCCCCAGCUCGGCCGUACCCUCAGACGACUCACCAUCUCCUGCGCAAACCGCGGCCUCCACCCAGAGUCCAUCAACGCCGUCCCGGCCUUCCUCCCAGACCUCACCUACCUCUGCGUCCCCGGCGACCUCGUCGACGACAUGUUCUUCGAGCUCCUGACCGACAAAACGCACCCCAUUGCCCUCCAGGAACUCGUCUUCGACCACCCCUUCAGCGACCCAGAGCUAGGCUUCUCCACGCAAGCCCUGAUCGCUGCCCUGCAUGCUGGACUGGUGAAUCUGCAGAAUAUAGGCUUCGCGGAGCGCUUCUGCACCGACGAGCGCAUCAUAGCUGACGAGGAGCUCGAUACUAUUCUUACUGAACGGGCUCCGUCAGGCAAAGACGACGUUGUAUGCGGUGUGUAUUAUGUGUAAUGAGGUUUGUUUGUUUUUUUUUUUUCAUAUAUAUACCUAGUUAUAGACAUUGCAUCUACCGAUAGGUCUCGAGAUGAGCGAC